AUGUCCAUCGAGCUCGAUCCCUCCAGCCAGCUCUCCUUCCGCAGACCCUUGACCGAGGCCAUCAAGGAGUCGCUGAUCAUCCGUAACCCCACUCAGCUGCCCAUCGCCUUCAAGGUCAAGACCACAGCCCCCAAGCAAUACUGCGUCCGUCCCAACUCGGGUCGCAUCGAGCCCGGUCAGGAGCAGGAGGUCCAAGUUCAAAUGCAGGCCAUGAAGGAAGAUCCCCCAGCAGACUUCAAGUGCAAGGACAAGUUCUUGGUCCAGAGUGUCGCCAUCACUGCUGAACGCGAGCAGAUCGCCCCUGCAGACUUGUGGCCUACCAUGGAGAGGGAUGCCAAGGAUCAGAUCCGUGAAAAAAAGAUUCGUUGCGCCUUCUUGCCUCCUCUGGAGCACGCCAUUACUCAGAUUCAGGAAGAGGACGAGAGUGUAUCACAUACCACCGCCUCGACGCAUCUGCAGAGCCCACAGGCCGUCCUGCCCCCCACCACUGCCCACAUCCAAACAACUUCAUCGAUCUCCGCGGCUCCUUCGCUCGUCAGCAGAGAUAGCUACAACAGCACUACCUCCACCAGCACAGGCACCGAUGCCCAAAAGUUGAAGCGUGACCUCGACAGUGCCCAGCACAUCAUCCAAAACCUCCAGAACUCUGUGAAGCAGCUCGAGGCCGAGACCAACACUCUUCGUCAGCGCAAGUCUGACUCUGCCUCGUCUGGAUCAGCACCGACCUUGACUGCUGUUCAUGUUGCCCAGCCUAAAGGUUUCCCUGCCAGCUAUGUCGCUGGAGCAGCCUUGAUCGCCUUCAUUUUCGCAUACCUCUUCUUCUAG